AUGGGGCAGCUCAGCACCGAAGUCGCUCUCCGACUCACUGUCGGCCUCCUGCCCGUCCUGGUCGUCUAUUGGCUCCUCUACCCGUGGUACUUUUCGCCUCUGCGUAAUAUCCCAGGUCCUUGGUACGCCGUCUAUACCAAAUGGUGGCUCGUCUACAAGACCUGGCGAGGCGUCCGUGCAAAGACCAUUCAUGACCUUCACCUCAAAUACGGGCCCUGGGUUCGCGUCGCCCCAGACGAGAUAUCGACCUCGGACAGCAAGGCCAUAGUACCCAUCUAUGGCGUCAACUCCGAGUUCACCAAGACAGCCUUCUACACGUACCAACUGCGAGCCAUCCCAGAGCUCUUCACCAUGUCAGACCGGAAGGCCCAUGCCAAACGACGCCGCGAGCUGGCUCAUCUGUUUUCCAUGUCCACCAUCACUGAAUACGAGGACAUUAUCGCAGGUAAUGUCCUCGAGUGUAUGAACCUCAUUGCGGCCGAGGGAAAGGCCGGCCAGGCCAGCAACCUCUAUGACUGGUGGCACUACCUGUCCAUGGAUAUCAUCUGCGAGCUCUCAUUCGGAAUCGGGUUUGACAUGCUCCACAAGGGGGCUGUUAACCCUUAUAUCCAGGACAUGUACGGUUCGCUGACUAUCGAGCCCGUCCGCUGGCACUUUGGAUGGUUGAAUCGAUACGCGAGCUGGGCACCAUUCAAAUUCGUCCGAGACGCCGAGGCCUGUAGCGUGCGCGGGUUUGAGAGAGGGACCAAAAUUGUGCAAGAAUACAAGAGGAAAGAGGACAAGGGUCAGCGCAAGGAUCUGUUGCAGAAGAUGAUCAACGCCCGAGACGAGAACGACCAGCCGCUCCCGGAAGACGAUUUGAACAUCCAGUCGACGAGUUUCAUCCUCGCAGGCUCUCACACGACCUCAUCGUCACUGACCUGGAUCGUCUGGCGCAUCCUGUCAAACCAGGAGAUUCACCGGAAGCUGAACGACGAACUUGACGAGGCUCUGGGGACUGGAGACCGCCGCGCAGUUCCACCACACUCCAAGCUUGACGGACUCACCUAUCUCAACUGCAUCAUCAAAGAGGGUCUCCGGAUCGACACAUCGGUUCCAGGCUCGACGCCUCGAUACGUCCCUCCUGAAGGCGCAGUGCUCGGCGGCUACCACCUCCCUGGCGGGACCAUCGUCUCGAUCCAAGCAUACACUACCCACCGGCAACCCGACGUCUUCCCAGACCCAGACAGAUUCUGGCCAGAGCGUUGGUUGGACGAGACACCAGAAAUGCGACAUCUGUAUGUGCCGUUUGGGGCUGAUGGUCCGCGUAAGUGCAUUGGCAUCCAUUUGGCCUACAUGGAACUGCGAGUGAUCCUGGCGGCUUUGUUCCACAGAUUCGAUCUUCGUUUCGCAGGACCUGUAUCGGACGAGAGUAUGGAUAUGCAUGAGCUGUGGCUUGCGGCGCCCGUGGGACAGGAUCUCAGCAUCAUCGCCACAGAGAAGGAGUAG